AAACGAACUUCAUGAAAUAUAGAGUUCAUUCAUCGUGCUGAUGCCAAGAACUUUGUGUAAAAAAAAUCGCUCGAAAUUUCCUUUCAAGGUCAAUAGUUCACUGUAUAUUUUAUCUAAAAGAAAGAUAAUAUGUCGUCAGAAGGCGAUGACGUGCUAGCUCCUCAGCAAGAAGAAAAACAGAGACUGAAUGAUUCACCUGAUUCUUCGAUGGAGAGCGGCGAGGAACCGGAGAAAAUUGCACUCAAAAAGAAUAUCACACUCCUAGACGGAAUUGGACUUAUUGCAGGAACUGUAAUAGGCUCUGGUAUCUUUAUUUCACCCACGGGAAUCCUUAAGGAUACAAAUUCUAUAGGGCUUGCUCUUGUAGUAUGGUUAGGAUGCGGCCUUCUUGCUAUGUUUGGUUGCUUGGUUUACGCCGAGUUGGGAGCAUUUGUGACUAAAUCUGGUGCUGAAUAUGCCUAUCUUAUGCAAGCUUUUGGUAAAAUUCCUGCCUAUCUGUUUGCCUGGACUUCAAUUCUGAUCAUUCGUCCGGCGUCUGGAGCGAUAAUUGCCCUGAUCUUUGGUGAAUAUGUAGCGAAGCCAUUUUUUCCGACAUGUGUACCACCUUCGGAAGCUGUGAAACUGCUAGCGUUUGUCUGUUUGGUCGUUGUAACUGCAGUGAAUGUUUGGAGUGUCAGAUGGGCAACUCGUAUGCAAGAUAUCUUUACAUACUCCAAGUUGAUAUGCAUUGCCAUAUUGACAAUCAUUGGAAUUGUGGAAAUGGCUCGAGGUAAAACAGAACAUUUCAAUGACAGCUUUAAGGAUUCCUACACAUCAGUUGGUAAAAUUGGCAUGGCUUUCUAUAUUGGACUAUGGGCUUAUGAUGGAUGGAACAACUUAAACUACUGUACUGAGGAAAUGAAGCGCCCAGAAAAAGAUAUGCCACGGGCUAUUGUAAUCGGCAUUACAUUGAUUACAAUCUGCUAUAUUCUUAUCAAUGUAUCUUAUAUCGCUGUACUUGGAAAAUCUGGUAUCCUGGCAUCUGAAGCUGUUGCCAUUAGUGUUGGCAAUCUUUACCUUGGACCAGUGGACUGGAUUAUCCCAGUAUUUGUUGCUGCCUCAACAUUUGGUGCUGUAAAUGGCCUGGUACUCACGAAUGGAAGACUGUUGUAUGUUGCUGCUCGUGAUGGUCUGAUGCCAUCACUACUCGCCAUGAUUCACACCAAGCGAUUUACUCCUCUGCCUUCAUUGCUUUUCACUACUCUGAUUUCCAUCCUCAUGUUGAUUCCUGAGACGAGCAGCUUUGAGACUCUGAUUGAUUUCUUCAGCUUUGCUGCCUGGUUGUUCUAUGGCGGUACAUUUGCAUCUUGUUUGUGGCUUAGGUACAAGCAACCCGAUAAGCGCCGGCCAUAUAAGGUUUGGUUGAUUGUACCGAUUGGCAUGACUAUUGCAUCUGUUUUUCUCAUGGUUGCACCAAUUUUUACCAAUCCAUGGGGCUCACUGAUUGCUUUGGUUGUAAUUGCUGCUGGUCUACCUUUCUACUAUCUGUUUGUUGUAUCCAACUUAGUUCCUAAAUGUUUCACAAAUGCUAUGGAUUCCUUCACAAUAUGGAACCAAAAAGUAUUUGACUUAGCCAUGACAGACCCUGAAGAAGUCCCUGUACCCUUUUAAUGCAAAAUCCAACCUUUUUAACACAUCAUAUAGGUAACUUAAUGCAGUUGUGUAUUGAGAAGUCACCAUAAGUUUAAACUUUCAUAGUCUGUUAGGCUGCCAUCUUAGUUUUGCCUGAAGGGUGAUGUCUUAACAAGUUACAGCUUUGUAGGGAUGCUGCGCAAGUGUACCAGUGUCAUCAAUAAGUCAUUUAAACCGUGAUAGCAUUAUACGGGACAUACAACUAUUUUAAGUUAGCGUUAAGGCUGAUUUACACGGCACGAUUGUCUCGUGCGAUUUGUAGUAUACGACUUGAAUCGCGCCUUGUAAAUGCCCCUACGACUUGUAGUAGGAUUUUGAACCACGGCUUAAAAUCCUACGACUUGUAGAAGGAAAAUCGUAUACUACAAGUCGCGUCGCGCCUUUAAAUUGCAGGGUUAAUGGCUGUGCAGUUUUAUUGCCCUAUGCAAAGGUGAAUGACAAUGUAAGCAUCUUAAACACUUCAAACAUUGAAAGGACUUGUUUUGUAGAUAAAGGAGUGAGGUCAUUAAUCUAGUUAAGUAGACAGAAAUAGUUACACUGUCUAAUCCACAAAGUUUCUUUUUUCUGUAUCCCACUUUUAAAUAGUCCAAUUUUAUUCCACUGGUUUUAUGACCUCACUUCAUGGUCAUCAUGUAUGAAUAAUAAGGCGGUUUCUAUAAACCCACGAGACAAAGUUUACCAGUCAAAGUGAAAUGACACACCAAAGAGAUAGAGUCGUAAAGUCGUUUUCAUUUGACCAUGUAAUCAAGAUAACUAUUAAUUAGUUUGUACUUGUUGGUAAAGACCAAAAGGAAAUAUUAGAUUCAGAGUGUGAUGCCAACUAGAAGUCUCACUAAUCUUUCACAGUCAAAUGAAAACGACUCUAAAACAUUUACUCCCAAUAAAGUAAUAAAGUGUAGAAUGCCUAAGUGAAUUACACGAGUUUCUGAAAACUAUUCUUUUUAAGACAAAAGGUAUUUAUAGGUUUAAGAAAAUUUAUUAUAUUUAUUAAGAAAAUUUCAGUGGUGAUGUGUUAUUAAUUUAAUUUUGUAAAUUGUGAAAGUCUUUAGCUCAAUAUCUACGGUCUGUUAAAAUUGUACAACGUUGUUCUUUAUUGUUGGCACUGAUGAAAUAUUGUUUMAUGGAUUUAGUGAGCGCUUAGCCCUCACACUGAAUUCAAUUAUUUUGUGAAAUUCCUUAUGUCAUUAGUGUGAACAAGCUGUGAAAUCAACAAAUUAUUAGUUUCGUCAUCGAUAGUUGCAAUUCUUAUAUUUUAAUGUGGAGUCAUCAAACCCGUGAAACAAAAUAUAACUGUUAGAGUGUGAUAAGUAAAUAGCAAUACAAUAGCCACUUUAGCGGUUAAAACAGGUUGCGCGGGGAUUUUGCGUUUCAGACAGUCUGGCAGAGGCAGAAUCGGGCAACAGCAAAAAAAUAGCCGUUUUGAGCUUGUUUUCUUUUCCAUAUUUUGAAAAUAUUUUUUGUUAGCAAAAACAAACGUGAUUCUGACGUGACUACACUCUUGUUCAUAUGUAAGCUGCAG